AUGCCUGACGUUUAUUGCAUCGAAUAAUGCCCUAAAUUUUGUUCAACACAUUGUCACCUUUCAAUUAAAAAUACUCUAUUUCAUAAAACAUGUGAUCUCUUUUUUUGAAGGGUAAAAAUAACAAAAUAUAGAUCAAAUCGGCACUGGAUGGAUGACGUGUAUGUUUGGGUCCUUCCAGCUUCCGGGUGUGGAUAGCUUGUUUGCAAACGAAGCCGCCUCGCCCAAAAGAUGUCUAAAGUGACAUUUAAAAUCACCCUGACGUCGGACCCCCGGCUUCCAUACAAAGUACUAAGUGUUCCUGAGAGCACGCCGUUCACAGCUGUUUUGAAGUUUGCCGCCGAGGAGUUCAAAGUACCAUCAGCAACCAGCGCAAUAAUUACAAACGAUGGAAUAGGAAUCAACCCUGCCCAGACUGCAGGCAAUGUGUUUCUAAAGCACGGAUCAGAGCUUCGCCUCAUUCCCAGAGACAGAGUGGGAGGACAGGGAGACUGAUGCCGCUCUUCCUCGUCGACGGCAUAAUGACUCACGCAGGAGAAUCAUGUAACACUUGAGAUCCAGGGAACUCCUCAGCGUGUGUCAUAUUUUUCUUUUCUGGCCCACAACUGACAGUGACUCACAUGAGAAUACAUCUAUUUAAACUUACAGUAUUGAUGAAGGGCAACCACAUAUUUGCAUUUGUUCCCCCCCUUCAUUUUCAGUCAAUUGCAAAAGUUUGGAGUACCAUCAAGAGACACUAUGCUGAUUAAUUACUGUAAAAAAAAAAAAAACAAAAAAAAAAAAACGCAGCAGCCUCAUCCUGGUGAA